GGUGACGCCCCUCCCUCUGCCUCUCUAGCAUCAGCACCUCUAAAUAGAAGAAGACGGCUUGGAGGAGAGAGAGGGGGAAAAAAAGGAUGCUCUCCGGUCCGCGAUGCUCACCCGGGUCGAGGAGACGCGACGAUGAGGCGACAAAGCGAGAGACGCCGGAGCGGCUGGGUAUAGUCACUGUUUCUGCACGUUUAUGCUGCCUCACUGCCCCCAUUCAUGAUGCACCAUUCAUGCAUCCCCAAGAAUGGGAGCACAUUUAGAGGAAAACAUAAAAAUACCCAUUUUAUAGUCGUCUUUUCUCCGCCUUUAUAAGACUAAUUCUCGCUUUAUGUGCCCACGAAGCUUUUUUUAUUAUUAUUCAUAUCGGUCAAGGUGAUGAAGAGCCCUAUUUUUGUCUUUUGAGGGCGCCGCGCCGUUGUAGGACUGAUACGGGAAAGCCGAGCAAACAAAAGGCAUCAACCCCACAGCCCCCCCAACCCCCCCCCCCCCCCCCUCCUCUGACGCACCUGGGCUGCCCUGUCGCCGCUUGACAUGACAGCGCAGAGCCGGGAGCAGAGCAGCAGGAUCAAGGGGCACCGACGUGCGGCCGCCCGCGUGGACUCGACGGGGAGCGGAGGAGCAUCCGGACGCGCGGCGGGGAAGGAGCAGCCGCCCAGGGGAGGCCAGGUCGCAGUUUCUGGGGACGAGCGCCAAGGGCAGUGCGGCAGUCAGCAGGCAGACCGGAGAGAAGAAGCUGCGAGAUCUGUGAUACUUCCCCCCCCUCCCCACCUCCCAACCCCCGGACCCCACGACGCUCUCACCUCCGUAUCAUCCUGAAAAUAUGACAGUGGCCGCUUUCACGUUUGACCAAUGAUGACUCUGACACUCCCUGUCAUUUAUUGUACUUGUUUUCUCCUUCAGUGAUGAUGGAGCAAUUCAAUGAUUUAGAUCCCGCUCUUCAAGCGAGGGUGGACCCCGGAGGAGACUGAUGUGCAUACUGGCCAGGCGUCAUUUGCUCCCUCCUUCUCUGGUUUUGCUCAUUUUGCUAGUCGCCUGCACUAUGGGCUGUAUUCAGAGCAUUGCAUGCAAGCCCCGUAUCAGACGGGAGAACAUUGUGGUGUAUGAGGUAUCGGCCUCUAUCGACCAGUGUCCCACCAUCAUCGAGGAGAACUCCCCGAUUGUGCUCCGUUACAAGACGCCUUACUUCCGGGCCUCGGCAGGGGUUGUGAUGCCACCGGUGCCCCGCAAUGAAACCUGGGUUGUGGGCUGGAUCCAGGCUUGUACCCAGAUGGAGUUCUACAACACCUAUGGUGAUAUUGGCAUGUCCAGCUGGGAGUUACCAGAGUUGCGAGAGUGUCGGGUCAAGGCCAUCAGCGACUCGGACGGCGUCAGCUACCCCUGGUACGGCAACACCACAGAGACGGUCACCCUGACCGGACCCACGUCCAAACCAUCGCGUCUGACGGUCAGCAUGAACGACAACUUCUACCCCAGCGUGACAUGGGCCGUGCCCAUCAGCAACAGCAACACGCCCAUGCUGACCCACAUCACCAGGGACCAGAGCUUCAUCACCUGGCUGGUGGCAAUGAACUCUAUCUCCAAGGAGCGCAUUGUGUUGCAGACGGUGCGAUGGCGGAUGCGGGUGGACAUCGCCGUGGACCCUGACAUGCCUCUGGGCUCUCGAGCCUCGCUGGUGGGUCGUCAUUACCAGGAGCAGCCGCACAUCCUCAACUACCAGGAGCCCAUCCCUCCAAACGCGCUGGGGAGGCCGAAUGCCAACGACGCCCAAGUGCUAAUGUGGAGGCCACGGAGAGGAGCGCCACUAGUGGUCAUACCGCCAAAAUAAGAGGGGUGAAAUGGUUGCAAAGACAGAAUAAUGAUUAUUUCCUCCGGGAUAAAAGGGGGCAGGUCAUGAAACCCAUCUGAGAAGAUGGAGGAGACGGUUUCAUUGCGCUGAAGAAGCCAGUUGCUCCUUAUCCCCGAAAGAUUUAAGCUGAGCAUUAUAACGAGCCAGAGUGGAUCUUACAUGAGCUGGGUGCCAGGAUGGGAGUCAACCACUAACUCAUUUCAAGGGCCUGGAUUGCACUACAGCUUUUUUGGCCCCCAAGAAGAUUUUGAAUGCAUUCAAGAGUCCCGCCUGCUUUUUAGUGAAGAAGGAGCGCUGUUUUUCGAAGUACCACGGAGGUAUUAGACCACAACGAGAACUGCACCCUGCAUCUUUAUGUAGAUCUUAUUGCAUGAGACAGUGAGAGUGGCAAGAAAAAAAAGUCCUUGAGAAGUUUAAGAAUAGCAUUUGUUUUGUAUAAAAUGAUACCUAAAGACAUUUUGAUUGAAAGGUCAGCCAAAAACCCCCUGUGGGCUGGUCACACCUGUAAAACCUGUCAGUGCCAACAACGGCCUUCAGCACUCAGCACCGAGGUAAAGGAUGUAUUCAGAGGAUUUAAAGGAGACAAAGUAUUAUAUUAAUCUUUUUAAGUUAAGAUUAACUCAUGCAUUAUUCAGAUUGUAUUAAGAGCACCAAGCUUGCAUAAACGUCUGAAAGAAAAACAACAUUGCUGUAGUUUUCCCUGGAGCUUUUCUCAUACACCGAAUUUAUGCACCAACUCCACAGCUUCUGUCCUGCUGCAGAGAUUUCAUUCAGAUGGGGGACAAGCUAUCAGAGAUGGGAGUUGGACCUUUAACCACAUUGGAUAAAUAAUGUCAGCUAAGCUUUCAAUAAGUGCAGUGUACAUGACUUGGAUUGGUGCCACACAACAGAUUUACAACAAGUGUGUAACUGAUGUGGCACUAAUCAGGCCACAUUGCACUACCAAGCUACACACAUCUUCCUUCAAUCAGGGAAUCUAAAUGUACACUUAAUAGUUCCCUUGCUGUUGAAUUAAACCAUAAAUAAUUUUGGAAAAUAUUAAUUUUAAUUUGUGGUAUUAUUUGACACUGGUACGUGGUCAUUUCUCAGUUUCUCCUCAUAUCAUUUAAUGAAUAUUACAUGCAGUAGUUCUGCAUGAUAAUCCUCGAUGGAGGUUUCCUGUGUCGUGGCAUGUCCAGUGGCUCAUCCUGGGCUCAGUCCAGGUUCCUGCCUGCCACUCCUCACAGGAGUCACAUGACUCAUCCUCCAUCUGUGCUUCUCUCCAGGUUCACUCCUCACCUUCCCGAUCUAACUGCUCCGUUUCUGUGGUACGUCCACCUCACCGCACUCGCCAUCUCCACCUAAGUACACUAAUUUGCUCUAUAAUUCACAACUAUGCAAGGAUCUGUGACUGUAAACCAAACCAGAAGGAGAAACAUGUGUAUUUUAUCUGCCUCAAUCAUUUUCUUAUUUGUCAGGGUCAAUGUGGGAAAAAUAAAUGGCUUUUGUAAAUGUAAAAAUACUCAGAGAUUAAAAUAGGUUAUAUUGAA